UCUGUUGUACUUGUCAAUCCAGUCCCAGGAAUUCACGAGCUCCAGAGAACGAGCGGCUCGACUCCACGUUUGACCCCGAAAUCACGUCCUUGUCUCCGGGAAAAGGUUCGAGGGGACGUCGCCUGUUGUCGGAGCCGGAGAAGUGUCGAGGGAAGCGGCCGCUGAGGACUCCGGGAGGAUGCAGAGGUGAAGUUCAGACCCACGCCACCUCCUUCUGCAGCCCCCCCCCCCCACCCCCCACCCCCCCUCGCACUGAGCGACCUCCUCUUCAUCCCCCUCCAUCGUCCCCAUACAUGCGUUUACAUGAAGAGAGGGGAGAAACCCGAAGGAUACCGACAGAUGAGGCCCAAGACGUUCCCCGCCAGCAACUACAGCGGCAACAGCCAGCAAAUGCUGCAGGAAAUAAGGAACAGCCUGCGCCACCUGACCAAACCCUCGGAGCCGCCGAAAGUGGACCUCGGUGGCGCCGGGAAAAUGGUCCAAGAGGAUCCGAGGCAGCAAGGGCGCUGCAUCAACCCCAAGAACCCCUACCACAAGGCCCUGCAGGAGAUCCGCAAGUCCCUGAUGCCCUUUGCCAAUGAGCCCAACAGCUCGGGCCCCGAGGCCAACAAGCACAUGUCGCUGGACGCCCCCCCGUUCACCGGGUUCGAGGAGCCGAGCAACAGUCGUAAUGUGGGCGUGGCUUUAGACUACAUGGGUAAGAUGACCUAUCAGGACGCUAUGAGGGAUCCGAUGGUCGUCAACAACCCCAACACAACAGGCCUGAAAGCCCCAGGUUCCUCCCACAUGCCUGUGAUGAGGAGGCCAAGCUGGAAAGGCUCUAAGGAGUCUCUGGCUCCUCGACACGGUCCCAUCAUGGUCGAUGGAAUAAUCUACCGCUCCGACAGCCCCGGACCACCGCCCGCUUUCCCCCAGGGUCACCCUGCGAACAACCAGAGAGUCAACCCUCCGAUGCCUCCUCAGGUGCGCAGUGUGACGCCUCCACCCAAUCGUGGUGCCAUGCCUCCUUCCACGUCCUGGGACAGCAACCCGUCAACCAAGCGCUACUCUGGUAACAUGGAUUACCUGGUGCCCCGUAUCUCUCCAGUACCCCAGGGGGCGUGGCCUGAUGGCUACUCAGCCGCAGCCUCUCAGAACCAGCGUGGGAUCAGCCCAGUGUCUGUGGGCCACCAGCCCAUCAUAAUGCAAAGUUCUGGAGGGAGUAAGUUCACCUUCCCCUCCAGCUGGUCCCAGAAUGGCUCCCCUCAGCCAGACUACAUGGCGGGGAACAGCCGACAGCCCCCGCCCCCAUACCCAGUCAACCAGAGCAGCCGGCACAGUCCCACUGAUCAGAUGGGAGGACCCGCAUCCUCUCCCUCUUACUUAAACGGUGGAAACAUCCCUCAGUCCCUGAUGGUACCCAACCGCAACAGUCACAACCUUGAUUUGUGCAACCUAGGCCCCCCCCAGUCCUGGUCUCAGCCCCCUCUGGUCCCCAAUCAGCCUCAGUCCUCCUCCGGCAACAGCAGCAACCAGGAUCUGUCCCCAUCGUGGCAACACAACAUGCCAGUCCGCUCCAACUCCUUCAACAACCACCAGCUGAACGGCAGGGCACCGCACCCGGCCGGCUCCCAGCCCUCAGCCACCACCGUCACUGCCAUCACCCAAGCUCCCAUCCUGCAGCCGGUCAAGAGCAUGCGUGUUCACAAACCUGAGUUACACACGGCUGUGGCGCCCACACACCCUCCAUGGCUGCAGCAGGCUCCACCCCCUCCAGCUGCACCGGCCUACCAGGAGCCCCCAGCUCCUCCUCCUCAGAUCCCUGUAGUAGCAGAAGUACCCAGCUACCAGGGUCCUCCUCCCCCCUACCCUAAGCACCUCCUCCAGCAGGCGCCCGCACCUUUACCCCCAGCGUACGAUCCGGGCGCCAAUAAGCUCGGCUCUGGCAGGGAGGAGCCGGUGGAGGAGGAGAGCAGCGGGGGGGACAACUCCAGAGACAAGACGGCGGAAAACGGCAAAAGUGCCACGGCGACCGAGAAGGAGAAUAAACAGAUCACGACUUCGCCCGUUCCCGUCCGCCGUAAAAAGAAAGACGAGGAGCCGAGGGGCGAGUCGGGCCGGAUCGCCCUGUACUCCCCUCAGGCCUUCAAGUUCUUCAUGGAGCAGCACGUGGAGAACGUCCUGAAGAACCACCAGCAGCGGAUCAGACGGAGGAAGCAGCUGGAGAGUGAGAUGAACCGGGUGGGUCUGUCUUCAGAAGCCCAGGAGCAGAUGCGUAUGAUGCUCUGUCAGAAGGAGUCCAACUACAUCCGGCUCAAGCGAGCCAAGAUGGACAAGUCCAUGUUCAAACGGAUCAAGACCCUCGGCAUCGGCGCGUUCGGCGAGGUGUGUUUGGCCCGGAAAGAGGACACGGGCGCUCUGUACGCCAUGAAGACGCUCCGCAAGAAGGACGUGCUGCUGAGGAACCAGGUGGCCCACGUCAAGGCCGAGAGGGACAUCCUGGCCGAGGCCGACAACGAGUGGGUGGUGCGUCUCUACUACUCCUUCCAAGACAAGGACAACCUGUACUUUGUCAUGGAGUACAUCCCCGGAGGAGACAUGAUGAGUCUCCUCAUCCGACUCGGCAUCUUCAAGGAGGAGCUGGCUCAGUUCUACAUCGCAGAGCUCACCUGCGCCGUGGAGAGCGUCCACAAGAUGGGCUUCAUCCACCGGGACAUCAAGCCCGACAACAUCCUCAUCGACCGGGACGGACACAUAAAGCUGACGGACUUCGGCCUCUGCACCGGUUUCCGCUGGACGCACGACUCCAAGUAUUACCAGAGCGGCGACCACGUGCGGCAGGACAGCAUGGACUUCAGUAAAGAGUGGGAGGACCCGACCGACUGCCGCUGCACCGACCGGCUGAAGCCUCUGGAGAGGAGGAAGGCCCGGCAGCACCAGCGCUGUCUGGCUCACUCGCUGGUGGGGACGCCCAACUACAUCGCCCCGGAAGUGCUGCUCCGGACAGGAUACACGCAGCUCUGUGAUUGGUGGAGUGUCGGUGUCAUCCUGUAUGAGAUGGUUGUGGGACAGCCUCCCUACUUGGCGACCACGCCCCUGGAGACGCAGCUGAAGGUGAUAAACUGGAAGAGCACGCUGCACAUCCCCCCCCAGGCCAAGCUCAGCCCGGAGGCGUCGGACCUCAUCAUCAAGCUGUGCCGAGGCCCCGAGGACCGCAUCGGCAAGAACGGCGCGGAGGAGAUCAAAGCCCACGUGUUCUUCAGGACCAUCGACUUCUCCAGCGACCAGCGGCAGCAGGUGGCGCCGUACAUCCCGACCAUCGCCCACUCCACGGACACGUCCAACUUCGACCCCGUGGACCCGGACAAGCUGUGGAGCGAGGACAGCGGCGGCGAGGACAACCUCAACGACACGCUCAACGGCUGGUUCCGCAACGGCAAGCACCCGGAGCACGCCUUCUACGAGUUCACCUUCCGCCGCUUCUUCGACGACAACGGGCACCCGUACAGCUGCCCCAAGCCCAUCGAGUACGAGGGCUACGACGACCAGGCCGAGGCCGAGGGCCCGGCGAAGCAGCAGGAGGCGGCCGGCAGCUCGGCGACACCGGGCCGAGACCUGGUCUACGUGUAGCACCCGCCUGCACCGCUUGUACAUAGCGAGUUUGCUGAGGGUGUGAGUGUGUGUGUGAGAGUGUGUGUGUGUGUGGAGGGCGUUUGAACAGAUCAGCAUUUAAAACCUUUAACAUAGGAAAGUGUGUUAUUAGGACGAGUCAGAGAUCAAAUCAACAAACUUCAAGUAUUCACACAAGGAACCGUUAAAACACUAAUUUUCUUUUUCACCGAGACAAUUUCUGCGUCUCGUGUUUGUACGAUAAGUAUGACGCUGGUUAGCUUAGCAGGAAACACUGGGAACUGUGGGACUGGGAAGACAUUAAAGGUCUCAGCCUGAAGGAUCAUUGACUAUUUGUUUUGUCAAUACACACUUUGUGUUUCCCAUUAGCAACAUAGACUUUGGGGCUUUAGUCCAAUUUGUCCCACGGUCUCAUAAUCCAUCUAUUAUCUAUUCCACUCGCCCUUUCGAGGGGGGGGGGGGGGGG